AUGGCAUCGUCAGCAAACUCAUCAUCCAAGAUUCUCGAGGGUGGGUGUCUGUGCGAAGGCGUCCGCUACAAGAUCUCCUUCCCCAAAGAUCACGACCUUUCCAAAGACUCUUUAGGGUGCAUUUGUCAAUGUACACAAUGUCGCAAACAAACAGGAAGCUUUUUCCUCGCCACCUUGACAGUCCCCGUCUCCGCCAUCGAGUGGCAGGGUGACUCGGAGGACAAGAUCAAAAGACAUCGCAAGUCCGAAAAUAUCGCGCGGGGCUUCUGCGGCGACUGCGGCUCCUUUUUGUUCUGGCACCCCGACGGGAAAGAUAUCAGUAUCGCAACUGGAAGUUUGGAUGCUUUGUAUCUUUUUGGAGAAGGUGUUGAGGAAGAGAAGAGUGGUGUUCCAUCGGAUGGGUUUGGAAAGGAGAUCUUCAGUGGGCAUUUCAACGUGGAGUUUUGCGAGAGUGAGAUCAAGGGCGUCACGGAUGAUAUGCCGAUCCUUCACAAAGGAAAGCGAUGUCAAGGCGAUAGCUCCAUUUCUUGA